UUGAAAGUAUGUAAUAUUUAUUGGUUCAAAUGAUUGAACUUUGUUUGCGAAACUCUUUGUUCCCUUUAAUAUCAUCAGUAAUUAUGAAAUACAUGGCAACUUCACUAUUUCAAAAGCAUAGUCUUUAUUGAUUUCGAAAUUAUAACGUUUCUAUGCAACACUUCGAGCACUAUUUCAGCUUACCCUAUAUUUAGUAACACCGCUUUCUUUUCAGGGUGCACAGGUUUCUUCUAUGUGCUAAUUAAAGUAGCUUUGCCACACACACAUCUGCUCUUUUAAUCCUUUCUCUAUUGACCAACACCUUCAUCCAAAUAUAUUAAUUUUUCCAGCUCGAAAUGUCGAAUAUUGCAUUUACUCGUCUUCAAAGAGAAUGCAAAGAAGUUGUGACAAACACCGAAAUUGCGCAAACUGGAAUUAUGAUCGAAAUUUUGAACGAAUCAUUGACUGAUAUCAAAGGACAAAUUCGUGGACCACCAGAUACUCCAUAUGCUGGCGGACUUUUUGAUUUAGAAAUCAAAAUUCCUGAUUCGUAUCCAUUCUCUCCUCCAAAGGUAGAUAUUUUUGAAAUUAAGUUUAAAAAAUCGAUAGAUUUUGCAUCAUUGAAAAAAUUACAGAUCAAGUUCGUUACCAAAAUUUGGCAUCCAAAUGUGAGCUCUCAAACCGGUGUGAUUUGCCUCGAUAUUUUGAAGGAUCAAUGGGCGGCUUCUCUCACACUUCGAACUGUUCUUUUGUCGAUUCAGGCGUUGAUGUGCUCUCCGGAACCAAAAGAUCCACAAGAUGCUGUUGUUGCUAAACAAUAUAUGGAGAAUCCGGCACUUUUCAAGGUAAGAAGAAACUUGAAGGAUUUUUUGAAAAGAAAUGUGUGUUUUUUUCAGUCGACUGCCGAAUUCUGGACUGUUCGAUUUGCGCGUGGAAAGAGCGGAGAAAAUGAGGAUUAUAAGAGUAGAGUAGAAAAAUUGAGAGAUAUGGGAGUUCGGGAAGUAAGUAUUUUUUGAGUUUAGUUUAAUUUGCCACGUCGUAACUCGUUUCAAAUUUAAACUCAAAUUUCCAGCAUAAUUCAUAAUUUUUCAGGAAGAAGCAAUCAGUGUGUUAAGCUGCAAUAAUUGGGAUCUCAACAAGGCCACAGUCUACAUCUUCUCUUGA